CCGGAAAUCGAAUUGUUAUUGCCGCUCGCGCAGAACACGAGGAAAAUUACAGAAGCAAGCGACGUAACAGGUUAAAGAAAGUCCUUUUGUUGUUUUAACACGUUUAGCACGUGUGUUUGCGCAUUUCACGCAGUCGGGAAAAGGUUGUGCUUUUAAAGUAGCCAGUCGUCGGUAAUCGGCUAUAAGCACCGGCCACUGAAGAUUAUCAACGACGGAGCUCUGGACUAAAUUAGUUAGUGAUUAACUUAUAAUCCGCCAUUUUUGUCAUCGGACGUUGGCAGUUGGUUGGGAAUGGAUUUAGUUCCGUUUGGUCACAGUAGUCCUGGAGAGUCAACGAACAUUUCUGACAGCGAAUCGGAGGACGAGACAAAGCUUCCCCUGAACCAGUUCUACCCCUACAUUCGCUGUGCCCUCUGCUGCGGCUUCCUCAUCGAUGCCACCACCGUCACAGAGUGUCUGCAUUCAUUUUGUAAGAGCUGCAUCGUGAAGCACUUCUUCAGCAGCAACCGAUGUCCAACGUGCAGCACCGUGGUCCAUCAAACACAGCCUCUGUACAACAUCAGACCUGAUAGAAAACUGCAGGAUAUUGUUUACAAAAUGGUUCCCUUUCUGGAAGAAUUGGAAAGAGAAGAAAUGUACAACUUCUACACAGAUAGAGGAUUGGAGGUACCAAAGUCAGUUUUUGUCACUUCUCCACCUGCUGCCAAGAAGCAGAGGAAAGACACCGCGCCUCAGUCGGCGUCUUCCAUUCCUGCAGAGCUGGACGUGUCUCUGCUGCUGGAGUUUGUCGGGGCCGAGGAUGGAAUCAGUGAUUAUAAGCCAUUAGACCGUCCGUAUGUGCGUGUUUCUGGUGAAGCCACCGUCAGACAUGUGGAGUUAUUCAUCAGGAAGAAGAUGCAGCUCGGUCCCACCUGUCAGGUUGAUGUUGUCUGUGGGGACCACCUCCUGGAUCGGUAUCAGUCCCUCAAAGAAGUGCAAAACUUUGUGGGUCAGGAGGCGUUACAGGACGGCCUGUUGGUGCUGCACUUCGGUUUGGUCCUCCCGGCUGAGGAUUAACUCUUCAGGGACAUAAACUUGUCCUUCUGACCUGAGUCCAGACUCAGUUCUCUGCACAGAACACUGUAAAAAGGAACCGUUCUAUUUGACGGCUGAGGCAGAACCGUCUUCCUGUAGCACCGUCUUCCUAAACACCAAGAAUAUUUAAUUUAUUUACUACAGUUCUCACAUGUCACAGGUACGUGUCGUGUCUUUACACUGAACAGCUGAGAAGUCUAACUGCUGUGCUCUUACACUGGUUAGCUGGCAUUAGCUUAGCAUUAGCGUUCUUAACCCAGUGGGUUUGGAGCUGGGCUGAAAGUGGGAUUUGAACUGUGUUUUCCUCCUUAAUCUUAGCAUAGAUUAGCAUUAAUUAGCCAGUAAGCUACUUUUUAACUUUUUAAUUUAUGAAUUUUAAAGGUUCAACUCCAACUUUCUGCCUCAGAUAAGUGAAUAGUGUAACUGUAAUAAAUGAAAUGUGAUAUUGGAAAAAAAAAACCCUUUAACGUUUGCAGGGAGCCGACUUGAUCUUCCAUUAUAUGCUAGCUCUUCUGCUAACUCCUUAAAUACUUCAGACUAAGUGAAGGGCUGUGUCAAGUGCACUAUUGUGUAAAAUGACUUGUUGUACAAAUUAAAUUAAGCAGAUCCCUCUAACGACAAUUUGUUUUUUGGAAAAAGAAUCCCAUGAGAAAAACAGAAUAGUAAAAACAAAACUCAAAACAAAGACAACAUUUCAGAGAAAACUGAAACUUAACUUCACUUAAUUAAAAACCAUAGACGUCAGAGGGUUUCACACCCACCUGGUUCGUCUUUAUGAUCUUGAACUGGACUCACGGUCCAGAUCGUCUCCUGGACUCAAUUGUCUUUUUAUACUGGCGGCUGCUUUGAGUCGAUCUGUUCUGUCGGACACUCGAUCGAUUCACUCAGGUUUUUCUCGUAUUUAAUCUUGAAGGGUUGACUUUCUGACGAACUUUUUUUUUUUUUUUUUAAAUGUCUGUAGAGACAGACGGACCAAAGGUUUUGUUUGUUUAAUUAAACUUUUAUUUUAUGAACUAUCAGAUUUUAUAUGAACUGUUUUCUAAUGUGAACUGACGAGUGAUUGAAACUCGAUACCGUAUUUUCCAGACUAUAAGUCGCAUUUUUUUUCAUCCUCUGGCUGGGUUUGUGACUUAUACUCAGGUUUGACUUAUACUGUAUAUUAAAAUAUAUUAUUUAACGUUUGUUAUUUUCACACUGACGGCCGCUAGAGGGCGCUCUAGCUGGCAGGUGCGAUUAAUAAUCCAGAGAGACUUGUAGUCUGGAAAAUCACGGUCAUAAAAUCAGAGAACUGCGUGUGCGUGUACUGGUGAUAUACUUGUGGAGCUUUGUACUCUGUAUUUAAUUUCUAAAUAAAUAACUUUUCAGCA